CUCCCAUCAGAGCUUCUGCCUUGGACGAGAAUUCAAUUCCGUUCGCGAUGUCCCGCUGGGGAAAGCCUUGAAGAACCCCGGGUGUCGAGAAAUGUCCAAUCCAACGCAGAAACCCAUGGAGGCGUGUGAUACGUCUCUGUUGUUCGGAGGUCUGCAUCAAGAUCAGGAAUCAUCCUCUGGAGUGAGAUCAGACCUCUAUGCGUGGCUGAAAAGACACUCGUUCGUAUGGAUGGGAACAGCAGUGGCCUUGAUAGUGACUCGGCUAGGGUGGGAUUAGCGCUCAUGGCUGGGUGUGCACAUGCGGGCUGCGGACCGUGGAUAUAGCUGUUUACGCAAGCUGAAAGUAGCAUUAUUUAAAGCGCAUCUUACCUCUCCAAAAGGCGAAUCCCCCUACUCCAAGUACAAAUCCACAUCUCCGAGAACACUUGUUCAAAUCCACCACGCCAUCCCUACCAGCCAUCCACGAUGACCGAACCCAACGCCCCGACCACCAUGGUCGACGUGCCCGCGUCAUACAUCUCAAACCACCCAUCGACCCCGCACCUAGCCAGCCUGAACGAAUACCGCGACCUCUACCAAGAAUCGCUGCGCGACCCCGAUCACUUCUGGCGGGCGAUGGCCACCUCCGCCCUGCACUGGGACCAGCCCUUCCACACGACCCGCCACGGAUCCCUCGAGGCAGGCGACCACGCGUGGUUCCUCGGGGGCCGACUGAACGCCAGCUACAACUGCGUGGACCGCCACGCGCUCGCGACCCCGGACAAGCCCGCCCUCCUCUACGAGCCCGACACUCCGACCCGCAACCAGCCGCCGCAGCAGAUCACCUACGCCGAGCUCCUGCGGGAUGUCUGUCGCCUGGCGUGGGUGCUCCGGGACCUCGGGGUCCGCAAAGGCGAGAUCGUGACCGUCUACAUGCCCAACAUCCCCGAGGCCGUGGUCGCCAUGCUGGCGUGCGCGCGCAUUGGCGCCGUGCACUCCGUCGUCUUUGCGGGGUUCUCGGCCCCCGCGCUGCGAGGCCGGCUGCAGGAUGCGCGGUCGCGCGUGAUUCUGACGGUGGACGAGGGCGUGCGCGGGGGCAAGGCCGUGCCGAUGAAGCGGGUCGUCGAGGACGCGGUCAUGGGUUUACGAUACGGUGGUGGUGCAGGUGGUGGUGAGGAGGCCGACGUCAAGUGCAAGUGCCUCGUCCUCCGGAAGACCGGCAGCCCGGUGCCCUGGUGCCAGCGGAUGGACGAUGCUUGGUGGCACGAGGAGUGUGCGCGGUGGCCCGGCUACUACGCGCCCGAGGCGAUGGGCGCCGAGGAUCCGCUGUUCCUGCUGUAUACCUCCGGGUCGACGGGGAAGCCCAAGGGCCUGCUGCACUCGACGGCGGGCUAUCUGCUGGGGUGCGCGGUUUCCGGGAAGUAUGUGCUGGAUCUGCACCCGGCCGAUACCAUGUUCUGCGCUGGUGAUGUCGGCUGGAUCACCGGCCACAGCUACAGCGUCUACACGCCCCUGGUCCUGGGGCUCGCCACCGUGCUCUUCGACGGGACUCCGUCCUUCCCGACCUGUGGCCGGUAUUGGGAGAUCCUCGCGCGCACCCGGGCGACGCACUUCUACACGGCCCCGACGGCCCUGCGGUUGAUCAAGAAGGGCACCGGCAACACGUACGCCGCGGCGGAGGCGCACGACCUGGAGCGUCUCAGGGUGGUGGCUUCCAUUGGGGAGCCCUUGGCUGCCAAGGUAUGGCAGUGGUGUCACGAUACCCUUGGUGGGCAGGUGCAUGUGCUGGAUACCUACUUCCAAACCGAAACAGGCUGCCAUGCUUUCGCCCCUCUGGCCGGGGUUACCCCGACCAAGCCCGGCUACGUGGCGCUGCCGUUUCUCGGCUUCAAUCCCAUUCUGCUGGAUCCGGUCUCCGGGGCCGAGAUUCGCGAGAGUGAGACCGAGGGCUUGCUGGCGUUUGAUCAACCGUGGCCUAGCAUUGCCCGCACGGUAUGGGGCGACCAUGCCCGGUACAUGAAGACUUACUUCGCGCAGCAUAAGGGAUACUUUACGACAGGAGAUGCUGCCAUUCGAGACGGGAACGGAUACUUCAAAAUCCUGGGCCGGGUGGACGAUGUGGUCAAUAUAUCGGGCCAUCGACUCUCUACCGGCGAGAUAGAAUCCGCCCUCUUGAACCAUGGCGCCUUUGCCGAAGUUGCCGUCGUGGGGUCUGGGGAUGAGCUGACCGGACAAGCAUUGGUCGUCUUCGCAUGCCUAAAGAAUGACCUAGAAGAUCAGACGAAUAAGUCGCAGCUCCGACAGUCGGCCCAGCAGCACAUUGGGAAGUGGAUCGGUCGCUUUGCCGUGCCUCGAAAGGUGUUUCUGGUCGAUGAUCUGCCCAAGACGCGAUCCGGCAAGAUCAUGCGACGGAUUCUGAGGAAGAUCCUGGAGGGCGAAGAGAAAGAGUUUGGCGAUCUGUCCACGGUAAAUAUUCCUUUCCCCUGGCAAUGA